GAGAGAGAGAGAGAUGAUUGUGUGAGAGCAAACUGCAUGGGCAGGAAGCAGGAGGACGUGACAAGAGCAGAGUUGCCGCAGAAAGACAGGAAGUGAGAUGAGAGACUGAGCUCUAAAUCAAACCCUAACUCCAGCCACCACUGCUGUUCCUCAGACACAGGAGAGAAAGGAAACAGAUCGACAGAGCUGAAGAGAGAAGGAGAGAGAGAGAGAGAGAAGGAGAGAGGGAGAGAGAGAGAGGAAGAGAGAGUACAUGCCAACCUUGAUGGGGAUGUGAGACCAGGAAACGCUGUGGUUGUUCUACCUGCUGUGGCUGUUCUGGCAGUUUAUGCCAGACCCUGACGGAGUAGCUGAGUUGACCCUGACGGAGAAGCUGUUGUGACGGAGUGGAGGCAGGUGCAGGAUCUUCAGCAGAGGCCCAGCUUGGACAGAAGGACGAGAACACACAGUCGGACAAGAACACACAGUCGGACAUUCAUCCAGUGGCGUGACCAUGCAGCAGACAGGUCCUGAGCAGGACGAUGCCUUUGACUUCCUGUUCAAGAUCAUCCUGAUUGGCGACUCCAACGUGGGGAAGACCUGCGUGGUGCAGAGCUUCAAGUCCGGCCUCUUCUCAGAGCGCCAGCAGAACACCAUCGGGGUGGACUUCACCGUCAGGACACUCACUAUCCAGGGCAAGAAGGUCAAGAUGCAGGUGUGGGACACGGCAGGGCAGGAGCGAUUCCGCACCAUCACUCAGAGUUACUACCGCAGUGCCCACGCCGCACUCAUCGCCUACGAUGUCACACGCCACGCCACAUUCCACUCUGUCACACACUGGGUGCGCGAAGUUCAGACGUUUGGAGCCACCAACGUGCUGCUGACCCUCAUAGGUAAUAAGUGUGACCUGGAAGAGCAGCGGCAGGUGUCUUUUGAGGAGGCGUGCUCUCUGGCUGAGGAUUAUGGGAUGUUGGCGGCGUUUGAGACCUCGGCGAAGGAGGCGCGGAACAUCGAGGAGGUGUUCGUGCUGAUGGCCGAGGAGCUGCUCGCGCGCAACGGAAUGCCCCUGGACGCGUCCAGUCACCACGGCAACACACAGCACACACUCAUGCGGAACAACAGCCGAGCCAUCAUCAGCCCCACAGACGAGAAGCCCCACCCCAAAACCUGCUGCUAAGCCACACCCACACCAGUGGACCAUGACGGACAGAUCUCCUGACCAUACGUGUUCAUCCACACUACAGCCACUGCGGUUCUAGACUCAUGACAGGAACGUUCAGUACAGAUGUUCUAAAGGAGGCUGACUGGUCUAGAACUGAGAACAUGAAACUGUGAAUGUGUCGGUUCUGCACCGAGGGUACACGCAUAUACACACACACACACGUCCCUCUACUCAGCUGUGUGUGAGUGUGUUUGGAAAGGGACAUGUGUGUGUGUGUGAGUGAGUGUGUUUGCCAUGGCAUGAGGGGUGAUGGUUGAGCGUGUGGGAGUGUGUAAGUGUGUGUGUGAAUGUGUGGGAGUGUGUAAGUGUGUGUGUGAAUGUGUGGGAGUGUGUAAGUGUGUGUGUGUG